AUGCGGGCUCUCAGCUUCAGCCUCGUGGCCCUGACCUGUGCCACGACGGUGCUGUGCGUGGCCGGAGCCCAGCGCCGGGCGCUGGAGGGGGGCGGCCGCCGGCGUUACCACCGGGUACAGCACGGCCACUGCAGCUACACCUUCGUGCUGCCCGAGGCCGACCCGCCGCCCUGCCCGUCCGCCCCCGCCCCCCCCGGACCCGCCAACGCUUUGCUGCAACGGGACUCGCCGGCCGGCACCACGCACGCCGGCUACGGGGCCGCCGAACGCCUGCGGCACCUCGAGAGGAUCCUGGAGAACAGCACCCAGUGGCUGCUGAAGCUGGAGAGCUACAUCCAGACGAGCAUGAAGCCGGAGAUGGCGCAGCUGCGGCAGACGGCGGUGCAGAACCAGACCGCCACCAUGCUGGAGAUCGGCAGCACCCUCCUCAACCAGAGUGCUGAGCAGAGCCGCAAGCUCACCGACGUGGAAGCCCAGGUGCUGAACCAGACGUCGCGCAUCGAGAUGCAGCUGCAGGAGAACUCCAUGUCCACCACCAAGCUGGAGAAGCAGCUGCUGCUGCAGACGAACGAGAUCCACAAGCUGCAGAACAGGAACAACAUCCUGGAGGUGCGGGUGCUCGAGAUGGAGACGAAGCACCAGGCAGAGCUGGCGGGGGCCCGCUCAGAGAAGGAGAAGCUGCAGCGCCUGGUGAGCCGGCAGAGCGGCACCAUCGAGGAGCUGGAGAAGUCGCUGCUGGCCGCCAGCGCCAACACCAGCCUGCUCCAGCACCAGCAGGUCCAGCUCCUCGAGUCGGUGCAGAGCCUGGUGCGCCUCGUCUCCCAGGGCAGAGGUGAGACCCCAGGGCGUGCAGGCAGGGUGCAGGCAGCAGGACAGAGCUCCUUGCCCUCCCGAGAGGGUGCCAGGGCCCCUCGUCGCCCCGCUCUGCAGCCCAUUGUGGCUCUCCCCCCGCUGCAGGCGUACUGCGACAUGGAGACGGACCGAGGGGGCUGGACCGUCAUCCAGCUUCGCACCAACGGCAGCCUCAGCUUCCAGAGGAACUGGAGGGAGUACAAGCAGGGCUUUGGGGACGCAGCGGGCGAGUACUGGCUGGGUAACGAGGCCGUGCACCUCCUGACGAGCCAGGAGCCCUACGCCCUGCGUGUCGAGCUGCGGGACUGGGAGGGUGGCCAAGUCUAUGCCCACUACGGGAAAUUCCAGCUGGGAAGCGAGCGGCAGCUUUACAGGCUGUCGCUGCAGGACUACAGUGGCACGGCCGGGCAGCAGAGCGGCAUGGCGCUGCAGGGCACUCGCUUCAGCACCCGCGACGCUGACAACGACAACUGCCUCUGCAAGUGCGCCCAGAUGCUGUCGGGAGGCUGGUGGUUUGAUGCCUGCGGUCUCUCCAACCUGAACGGCAUCUACUAUCCGGCCCGGCACAACAUCCGCAAGCUCAACGGCAUCCGCUGGCACCACUUCCAGGGACCCAGCUACUCCCUGAAGGGCACCCGCAUGCUGAUACGACCCGCCAGCUUCUAG